AUGGAGGUCAACGGCUUCAGCUUUGAAGGCAUGGAUGAGGGAGCCAUCGACUAUGCACUCAACAGGGCCCUCUCCCGCUUCUUCAACGACCGCGACUGGUGGAACGGUCUGGCCAAGCGUGUGAUGCAGAUGGACUGGUCAUGGAACAGCCCAGCCCUCGACUAUCUGGAGCUUUACUACCGCGCCCUCAAGCGCAACUGA